GACGAAGAGGUCUCUCUCGCCGGCCAAAUAAACUCCCAUAUUUUAAUUAUGUCACUCAUAAUAAGAACAAGUUUGGGUUUCACUCAAGACAUUACCUGCGAUCAUCCGACAUCAAGCAGAUCUAUCAUCGUCGACAAAGGGAGGCUCCAACUCAAAGUAGAAGAUGGCCAUUCAGAGAUUCAGACACAAAGGACAAGAAAGAUUCAUACGUUUUAAGUGAUUCCAGAAUAGUAUCCAACAGGUAUGAAGUCGAAAUCACAGAUUCAAAAGGCAGCAAAAAUCUCAGAUUCAAGUUCAAGACACAAACUAAGGUUUUUGAGCUUUUUCAUUCAUACUACAACAACAAUGUCUGUAUCUGUGAUUAUGGAUUUAGAAAUUAUCAAAUGUGGUUUGAUAUGGAUACUGUCAAAUGGAUCUUGGAAUCACUGUCUCUUUUUUCCAAGAGGAGAUGCUGGAUGAUUUUUAUGAAAGACACAAAUAGAAGUAUUGAGCUAACCAUGGGUUCUAAUAAAAGAGGAAAUUAUGUCAAAAUCUUAGAGAGAAGAAGAGAGGGAAGGAGAUUUUUAAUCAUUCCUUUUGAUUCACACAAAGAUGGACCAAAAUUAUUUAUCAGAGUACUCUCUUCAUUCAUCUAUAGAGCUUCUAAUUCAAAAGCUACUUCAGCAGCUAGUGUACCAACAGUGGAUGACAAUGUCCUGUUAGCUACACCCACAGAAUUCCUGGAACAUCAUCCUAUGUCCCCAACUCCUAUCUUGGAACUUGGUACACCAACUCAAGAUACACAAUAUUCUGAAACGAAGGUGAAUGAUGAAACCCAGAAGAAUGACAAAACAAACCAUUCAAGCACAAAGGAUAAUUUUAUAGACCAAGGAGGAUCAGAAGGUUUCACUACUGCUCCUUUGACAGAAACGGCCCUUGAAGAGAGGCAGAUGGUUAUUUACGAGGGAGAGGAAGAACCUGAAUACAACAUUUCUGAAGCAUACCGUGAAUUGUUUCCGCCACUGCCAAGAAGGAUGUUAUCUCCAUAUGCUCCUGCUUUUUUGCCACUUUCAAACAACACAUUUGCUGCUCUUCUCAAUCAAGAUCCUGGGUGCUUAGAGGAAGAAGAUCCUUUUGCAAAGAUUAAUGAACAAAGCCUGGUUCUAUGUUCUAAUGCAGUGGAAGAUCAUGCAAAGGAGAGGGAUGGGCCAAUACUUUACACCCAUUCAGAGGGCGAGGAUUUAGUGUUCAUAGAUACUAAACUUAAACCAUUGAAAAUAGAUCUUUCAAGAUGUUUCAAGCAACCUUUUAAUCUACGCAAGGAACUCAAGGGCCGAAAGACCUUCUCCCCAUCGCAAAUUGUUACCAGAAGUAAGGCUAAAAUACUAGCAGAAGGGAGGAGGAUCACACCUAUUGGCUGGGAAGAGGAACAAGAAAUGCUUGAUCCACAACAAUCCCAUGAAGAGGAGGUAAUUGACUUCUUCAAGCUCUGUUGUCCUACUAAAAAAGAAGAGCCUAUCCAAAAAGGCAUUAAGCAAAAGUCAGAAAAAGAAAUUGAAGAAGAAAAAGAAACAGAGUCAGGUUAGUGAUAUGGGAAAUGAGGAUGAGGAUUUUUAUGACUUGGACUAUUCCUGUUGAAUGAUUGUGUCUCUAGCAGAUUUUAAUUUCAACAUUUGAGUGUUUCAGUUGGAAUGUUUGGGAAAUGAUGUAGUAGUUUACUUUUGAUAAAGUCGGGUUAAUGAACACGGAGCUGCUGUUGCUGGACUUCUAGCAACUAAAUACUUCGGUUAUGUUGCUUUUGAGACACUUUUGGAUGAAGUGGAGCAAAUACCAUUUGGGGCUUGCCAUUUUGAAAGUUGCAGCAGAAUUGAAGGCAAAUUAUCCUUAGAAUCCAGCUUUGGCUCAGUGAUGACUUGGGAUUUACCAUUCUGCUCAGUCUAGUAGAAACAGACUAUUGCCUCAUUCUUAUAAUUCUGAAGGACUCUUGAUCAGGUCAUAGUAUUCUUAUUGGUUCAACCAUCAAAGAUGCAGCAUACCCUAGUCAAGUCCUAAUUUGAUUAGCAGUUACUAACUACUGAUUUUGCUUACCUUCAUCAACAUAACUGACUUCAUUUUCAUCUUCCAAUUUUAUCCAUAUUUUUACCAUCCCAACUUUUGUAUUGUAUUAGAUUUGAUUACAGGUUCUCUUGGAGAUCACAGAUAUUGCUUAUCUUUUAUAGAUAUGCAUCUUUUUGGGUGCACAGAGCAUGCCUUUACAGAACUGACCUGUUGCUGUAUACUAUGAGUUAUAAUUUUCAUUCUCUAUGUUGUCUUCACACCCAGCGCAUUUUGUGAGAUUAGGGGACUUUGAGGGUUUCAACAUCAAUGCUUUGGCAGCUUUGCAGAACCAUCAGAUACUACUGUUUU